AUGUGGGCAGCGUGCACAAUCGUAGUAGCGUCACUUUGGGUAUUGGUGCAAUGGAUAUCCCUAUAUGCUCCUUACACCCCGCCCACAUUAUUGCAUGCUCUUUCGAAUCUGGAACGUGCCGGAACACCAUCCCGCUUGCCAAGACAGGUCCUUCCUCAACACUACAAUGUGACUAUACUCACGGAUCUGGAUGCGCUCAAGUUCCAAGGGGCGGUAAAUGCAUCACUUCAGGUUAUGAAUGACACGAAUGGAUUCACAUUCAACGUGGGUCGUGACCUAAAUUUGAGCUCUGUGCGUGUCGCAACACACUUGGGCACUUUUGUCUUGCGUCCCCAGCGCGACUUGGAACACGAGCGUGCCUCUGUUCAUAUACCUGUGGUUCUUCGUGAAAAUACAAACCUCUCCAUCCUCAUGGGUUUCAGUGCUAAAAUGAAAUCGAACCGCAUGGGAUACUACUACGCCGAUUGGACACAUAAAGAUACCCAUGGCCACUAUGCCUUGACGCAGUUUGAGCCCACAGCUGCGCGCACGGCCUUUCCUUGUUGGGACGAGCCGGACUUGAAGGCUACGUUCGAGGUGCAUCUGCUCCACCGAAAUGCAACAACCGCCUUAAGUAACAUGCCCAAUAUCACUGCUUCGUACAGCGUAACGGCCGACCAAGUACUCAGCGCCUUGCAUGUGCACCCGCUACGAUUCGAGAAGCCCGUACUCUCAAAUGCUACAUGGGUCCGUACGGAUUUUGAAAAAACACCUCGCAUGUCUACCUACCUUUUGGCCUUCGCGAAUGGCAUGCUGGAGCACGUAGAUGGCUCUUUCUUGUCGUCCAGUCGAAGACCAGCCAUCUCGAUCCCACUCCACGCUUAUGCAACGCCUGAGUAUGUCUCCAAAACGCAUCACGUUGUGGACGUAAUGAGACGCGUUAUGCCAUUUUACGAGCGCGUGUAUAGCAUCGCUUACCCGCUCCCAAAGUUGGAUAUGCUCAUUGCCAAAAGUUUUGACUCGGAAGCAAUGGAGAACUGGGGUCUCAUCACUGGACGCAGCACAACCUUUCUCGUCGACCAUGCUAUAUCAAGCUCUAGUGCAGUUAAUACGGCUACACGUAUUGUGGGUCAUGAAACGGCGCACAUGUGGUUCGGUGACAUCGCCACGAUGGCAUGGUGGGAUGAUCUCUGGCUGAACGAAGCCUUUGCGACGUACAUGGGCGAAGUUGUUUCCAUGUCGGCCGUGUAUCCUGAAACAGAUUGGAUCGGUGAGUUUGCUCAUACAGAGCUUAAUCGCGCUUUGGAUCUCGACGCCAAGCGAUCGUCACAUCCUAUUCAGCUCGCUCUGAAGGGCGAAAAUGUGGAAGACGCUAUUGGUCAGGUCUUUGAUGCGAUCUCCUACUCCAAGGGUGCUUCUGUGUUGCGUAUGCUUUCACAUAUGAUUGGACAAGACACGUUCAUUCAAGGCGUUAGUCAGUACUUGACCAAGCAUUUGUAUGGCAAUACGAUUACCGAGGACCUAUGGGAAAGCAUGAGCAAUGUAUCGGGCGUCAAUGUGAGCAUCAUCAUGUCCGACUGGAUUCAGCAGCAAGGAUUCCCUCUCUUAACAGUGACUGAGGGACAAGACUCGAUUCAUAUCCGACAAAGUCGCUUCUUCGAGACGGGCGAUGCACAGCCCGACGAAGACACGACUCUCUGGUACAUUCCCUUGGCACUCAAAACGAUUCGACAUGGCCUCGUGGAAACACAUAAUUUCACGCUCGAUCGUAAGCGCUCGAUCGAAGUACCCAUUCUGCCUGACACGAUAUGGAAACUGAAUGCUGACCUCAUUGGCGCGUAUCGCGUCGUGUAUUCGAGCGAACACCUUCGCAAACUAAUAGAGGCAAAGGCCUUGCUCUCGCCACUCGAUCGCUUGGGUCUCGUGUCAGACUCGCUGCGUUUGGCCAUCGCUGGCUACGCCAGUACGCCAGAUGCUCUAGAUAUCUUGCUUGCUUUUAGGAACGAUUCAAGCGCGCAAGUUCAACGCACUAUGGUAGAAAUUUGGGUCCAUGUGAAAAGCAUGUGCUGGGAGCAACCAGCGGCAUUGCAACACGCGCUCAACAAGCUGGGCGUAGACUUAUUUGGAUCUUUCGCACGAGUACUCGCAGGUCGUUCAGAUUUGGAAGAGCCAAACGAGAUACGUCUUCUUCGCACCUUUGUUCUCGAGGCUGCCUCAGACGCUGACGAUCCAUGGACGCUUACAUAUAUGCAGGACCUGUUUGCCGAGCAUGUGCGUAAUAACCGACGGGUACCUUUGCAUCCCGACCUCCGGUCAACCAUUUUGAAACAUGGAGUGAAGAACGGAGGACUCCGAGCCUAUGAAGCCGUCCUUCGUUUUUACUACGAAGCAGACGAUCCAUCAUACAAAUUGGAUGCACUCCUUGCAUUAUGCUAUGCCCAAGACGACACCCUUGUCAGGCGCUCUGUGGAUUUGGCAUUCAGCAAUGAUGUGCAAAAGCAAGACCUGCUCGAUGUUGUGCGUGCACUCUCUAUGAAUCCAAAGAGCCGCCGGUUGCUAUGGACAUUUUUGAAAGCACGGAUGCAUGAGCUAACCGAGUCAUUCUCCGGGAACCUGACGCUCGUUCGUCUCAUAACGGCAGCAUUGAGUACUUUUACAAGUGAUAUGGAUGCCGUUGACAUCGAGCAAUUCUUCGCCCAUACUCAUACAUCUCAAUUCGACAUGGGCUUGUCUCAAGCUCUAGAAACGAUUCGAGCGCAAGCGCAAUGGCUUGAGCGAGACGUGAAGGAUCUUUCCGCAUGGCUAUCAAUGCGAGGUUAUUUGUAG